AUGGAGGACGAGGAAAGCAAGGAAGAAAUCAUCGAGCGGUUGGAGGAAGGAAAGGCGAAGACGAGAAAGGGAAAUUUAAUUUUGAAAAAGCGAAAAGGAGAGUUACACGAGUCCACCAAAAACUGCUUAUUCAUUUCGAGCAACAAGAGGACGGAGGAAUUAAAAAAUUUCAUGCAGGAUCUGUACAAUCUACAUAAGCCUUUCACAUGCUACAUGCCCAAAGUGCAUCCCAACUUGGCAGACAUACAAACGAAACUGAAUGAGGUGGUUGACAUAUGUGUACAUAACAGCUGCUCCUUUUUUUUAUCCGUUUUUUCGACGAAGAAGAAGCCUUCGAGAUUUAUUAUUGGAAGAUUAUACAACAACAAGCUGUUCGAUUUUUACGUGUUUACAUUGCUAUCGUACAUUCCUAUGAAAAUAUUUUCGCGUGCAAAGGACGUCCUGUGUGACACCAAGCCGAUUGUUCUCAUUCAGGGGUCCUACUUUGAGGAGACUGACAUUACGAAGAAUUUGCGAAAUGUCCUUUUUGACUUCUUCAAGCACAGGAAUGUAGAAGCAGUGAGCAGCUCCUCUGUGCAGCGCCUCAUCGUGAUUAGCGCGCUGAGCGGGGAUGGCAGCGAGCUGAGCGGUGGUGGAAGCGCACCGAGCGGGGGUGGCAGCGCGCUGAAUGGGGAUGGAAACUCAAAGCAGGUCCUCUCCUUCCGGCAGUACCUACUCCAGAAGGAGCACUUCUACCCCCCACAGAAAGGUGACCCUCCCGCCUUGGAGGAGGUCGGCCCACGCUUCACAUUUGUUAUGAACAAUUCCCAGAUUGCAAACUACCGCCUAUUCGAAGAGGCAACCAAAAACGUGGAUGAACAGUUAAAGAAGAAAAGCAAAAAAAAUAAAUUAAGGAACGUACAAGUGGACGAAUUGGGGAACAGCAUCAAACGAGUCUACGUGCAGAAGCAGAGCUUUGGAAAGCUGCACACGAAGCAUACGAAGCUGCACAAUCGAGUGAAGAAAGCGGGGCGCAGGACCCACCCAGGUGGAGGGAAAAAUGCAAGAGGUGUGCCCCAAGCGUUUUAA